AUGAAGUGCGCACAAAAUCUCCCAUCGGAUGUGUUCAGCUCGGGCCAGAUGUGUUUUGUCCGUGGUCGAAGACCGUCCAAGUCCCGGCACUGGCGAUCUGCCGUAGUUACUGUCAUGGAGAACUGGUGGAUUUGGGAGCUCAUCGGGCUGCUGGGUUCUGCCGCAGGGUUGGUGGCUAUGCUGGCAUUCUUGCUCAACUACGACGGCAACAAGCAGCCAAGCUGGAAACAAUUAUUACUCAAUACUGACGUUGCCUUUCUCAGCACUCUUUCGAAACUACUUCUCUUCAUCCCACUUACCUCUGCUAUUGGCCAACUAAAGUGGAUCUGGGUUUCCCAGGAGAAGCGAAGCGUGGCAGAUUUGAGUGUCUUCGACGCCGCAAGCAGAGGGCUAAUCGGCUCAAUCCAGCUGCUUUGGUUAACCAGAGGCCUGCACCUGGCUGCCUGGGGUGCAAUUGUGACAAUCCUGGCGGCACUUGGGUUUGAGCCCUUUAACCAGAACCUGAUUCAUUACUACCAUAAUGUCGAAGAGCCAUUGCAAGUAGCUUACCUGGCGAAUUCUUCGUCCUAUGAUAGUGUUGCGCCCUAUCUGGGAUCGGACUAUACUCCAAUUGACUCUGUUCUGAAAGCGAACGUUUGUAAUUCAAUCCUCAAUCCAAAUGCACGCCAGUCUUGGGGCGUCCCGCAAUACGCCUGCGGCUCAGGAAACUGCACCUGGGACCCCGUGACAUCUCUUGAAGCCAGGUCACUCUGUACGGACGUUACCGAGCAUCUGCGGAAGCAAUGCCACUGGUACGACGGGGUUACGAGUUGCACCUUGUCCAUUCCGGAUGGAGUAUCUCUUUGGUACCAAAUCAGCACGAGCGACAACGAUUGGGAACCACAAGCCUUGGUGCUUUCUGAGUCUUUGACAAAUCUAGUCUACAAGAAUGCUACCAGCAGCGACAAGUAUAACUCUCCGAGCCUUGCCACCUGGCAAUCCGUCAUGGCACUGGGCCCGAUUUCAAUUUGGGCGGCGCAACAAUGUCCAUCACCAACGGCACAAAAUGGAUAG